CAACCACACAGCCACACCCAACCACACAUCCACGCUCAAACACACUGCAACACCCAACCACACAUCCACGCCCAACCACACAGCCACACCCAACCACACAUCCACGCCCAACCACACAGCAACACCCAAACACACAUCCACGCUCAAACACACAGCAACACCCAACCACACAUCCACGCCCAACCACACAGCCACACCCAACCACACAUCCACGCUCAAACACACAGCAACACCCAACCACACAUCCACGCUCAAACACACAGCAACACCCAACCACACAUCCACGCUCAAACACACAGCAACACCCAACCACACAUCCACGCUCAAACACACAGCAACACCCAACCACACAUCCACGCUCAAACACACAGCCACACCCAACUACACAUCCACGCCCAACCACACAGCCACACCCAACCACACAUCCACGCCCAACCACACAGCCACACCCAACCACACAUCCACGCCCAACCACACUGCAACACCCAACCACACAUCCACGCCCAACCACACAGCCACACCCAACCACACAUCCACGCCCAACCACACAGCAACACCCAACCACACAUCCACGCUCAAACACACAGCAACACCCAACCACACAUCCACGCCCAACCACACAGCCACACCCAACCACACAUCCACGCUCAAACACACAGCAACACCCAACCACACAUCCACGCUCAAACGCACAGCAACACGGAACCAAACAUCCACGCUCAAACACACAGCCACCACCAAAGUGAGUGCAUGCGUCAAUUCCCACUCUGCUUGCUGCCUUGGGAUGUCGGAGCCAGCCGAGGGGAGUCUGCUUGCUGCCAGGCGAGGGGAGUCUAUUUUUGAGGCGCCUCAAAAGGGAUGUCGGAUCCAGCCGAUGCAUGCUGUGUGUAUCGAUGCUGAUGUGGUGCACACCCAUUCCAGUCCACCCCUUGCUCAGCACUGAAAUUGCGGUGGUCAUGGUUUGGGUUGGGUUGGGUUGGGAGGUGCUUGUUGGUGGGAGAUUAAGUUGCAGGAGGACAUGUGGAUGUGGCGAAUGCAAAGGCGAACAUUGAGGAGAAACCUUUUUAUUGAGCUUGAAUGGGAAGGGAACCCAGCAAUGGUGUAAGAAUACCCGUGCUGUCACUUUCACACGUAC